GUGCACGGACGUUCGGAUAUUCCGGCACCCAAUCCUCAGUGUCGCACUAAUCGCGGCGCGCGGUGGUCGUGCGUCGAGCGCGUGUGAAGUGAUGUCUGCGAGAUGAGGCUGUCGCUGGUGCUACUGUGGUUGGGCGCAGCGGUGGCUUGCGGCCCGGGCCGCGGCUUCACUCGCCGCCACGGACCGCGCCGCAUCACCCCUUUAGUAUUUAAUCAGCACGACCCGAACAUUAGUGAAAAUUCAAAAUCUGCCAGUGGCCCUCCCGAGGGCCGCAUCACUAGGGACGAUGAAAAGUUCAAAGACUUAGUGCCUAAUUAUAAUCCUGAUAUUGAAUUCAGGGAUGAGGAAGGUACGGGCGCCGAUCGCUUAAUGACCCAGCGUUGCAAGGAGAAACUGAACACGCUUGCGAUCAGCGUCAUGAAUCAAUGGCCAGGAGUUCGGCUGCGGGUCAUCGAGGGCUGGGACGAAGAGAACUCUCAUGUGGACAAUUCUUUACACUACGAAGGCAGAGCCGUUGACCUCACUACCAGCGAUCGCGAUAGAAGCAAAUACGGAAUGCUAGCAAGAUUGGCAGUUGAAGCAGGCUUCGACUGGGUGUUCUAUGAAAGCCGUUCCUAUAUACAUUGUUCUGUUAAGACAGAAUCAUCAGUAGGAACUGGUGCCGGGUGCUUCCCGUCUGGCUCUGUAGUGUUUACAGAAUCUGGUCCACAGGAUAUAAGUACCCUGAAGAAAGGAGACAGAGUGCUCGCCGCUGAUGACGACGGCAAAAUGGUUUACUCAGAGAUUCUUACGUUUAUCGAUCGAGAUCCGAAUACUACGCGAAGUUUCGUCGAAGUAACCGCAGAAAAUGGUGUCACGAUAACAGCGACACCAUCGCAUUUGCUGCUUUUAGCUGCUGCUGACAGCUGGCGAGAAGUAUUCGCUGCAAAUAUACAAAUAGGCGAUAUUCUAUUAACAAGAGGUCAAGGCAGUGUCAUGCGACCCUCGAAAGUUAUAAAGACCCGAAUCGUCACCAAGAGAGGUGUGUUCGCGCCAUUAACAAAUGUAGGAACCAUUAUAGUAGACGAUGCGCUCGCGUCAUGUUAUGCAAUAGUCAAUAGUCACUCUUUAGCGCACGCCGCAAUGGCUCCCCUUCGAUGGAUGUCGAGUUGGAGCAAUUCAAACGAAAUAUCGAAAGGUGUUCAUUGGUAUGCUAAAGCUUUAUACGGCAUUGGCGACUUUGUAUUACCGUCCUCUUAUAAAUAUCGCUAAAAGUUUUAUUUUAUAAAGUACUGCGCGCGGGACGUGCCUUCUCUACGCUUGUACAUAAAACUGUAAAUACCUGUCAAAAUAUACAUGUAAAUAUCAAGAAUCAUUGUAUUGUUUUCAAAAAAAUUAUGACUUCAGUAUGCUUACCACAAUUGGGUUAUUUAUUAAGUAGUAUUAGCGAUUUGCAAGAUUUUUAUUGUUUAGUUAAUCUAGCAUAUUUGUAAAUUGUGUCGGUAUUGUUAUUCUGCACAAUGCAGAAGUAAUUGUCUGUAUGCGCUUAUGUUUUAGUUAAUGUUGUAGAUAUAUUUUGUUAGUUUAAAUAAAUUAUCUUUCGUGUAUAUUAUUAGGUCUCUCUUGACGCAAAACAGUAUUCAAAUUUUGUUUGUAACUAGACAUUCCAUGGCUCUAAUCUGUUGUUAUACUUACAAUCUACAUUCGUUUAAAUCAUAGAUAAAAUAAUGAAAUUGUGAUCUUGGUACCUAAACCAGUGCCUUAAGAUUUUAUUUAUUGUUAUAUAGGCUAGUUAGC